GAGAAAAUGUCUGAUGAGUGUCAUCUGUGUCUGCUGGGACUGAUCGCUCUCUCUUCACUUCUCACAGGCUCCAGUGGAGCAGAAGUGACCCAUGUGUUCAUCAGUUCUGGUGAAAAUGUCCGUCUGUCCUGUAAUAAUGCUCUUCAUGACUGCAAAUCAACUACAUGGAUCUAUAAUAACAUAUUCAGACAUUCAGAAACAGUUGAACUGAUCACUUUAGGGAUAAAGAAGGAAGACACAGAGAGACAUGAGAGACUGAGUCUGGGGUCUGACUGCUCUCUGAACAUCAGGCACAUCUCAAAAGAAGAUUAUGGACCUUACAGCUGCCAACAAUGGACUGGUGUGAAUAGAGACCAACAACAAGAACCUGAUGCUCGUGUUUAUCUGCAUGUCCUUCAUGUCUCAUCCUCACAGACUGAGAUCAGUGCAGGCCGCUCUGUGACUCUCUUCUGUCAGCUGUAUUCAUCUGCUGGAGUCUCUUGUGAUGAUUGGAUCCGUUCUGAGGGAAUUGAGCUGUUCUGGGUGAAUCAGGCUGGUGUUAAACUGACGAGAUCAGACUCCAGAUAUCAGAUAUCAGCUCCAGGACACUGUAUCAGCUCUCUGAAUACAACACUCCUGAAUGAAGAUCACAACAGAGAGUGGAGAUGCAAUGUUACUCAGAGAGAUCAAGUCAAGACCUCAGUCACUUAUACUGUCAAGAGUUCAGCUCAAACUGACUCAACGACAGCAGUGAUUCCAGUCCACAUCUCAAACACACACGUAACUAAAGCUCAAGCUCAAACGACGACACCAGUCACAAACUCUCAGAAUCCCUCAACUACAAAGACACACGUAACUAAAGGGUAUAAUAAUUACGGCGGGGCAGAGAACCACCACGGCGGAGCAGAGGACCACCACGGCGGGGCAGAGGACCACCACGGCGGGGCAGAGAACCACCAGAACCAGACAGACCGAGGCAGGGAACACAAGAAGUUCAUCAAUAUUUUCCCUGGUGACAACUGA